AUGUCUUUUCAUCAAAUAAUCGCAGUUCUCCACGCUAUUUUCAACAUUGUCGGACUCCCCGGAAACGUGUUGGUGUUCAUGACGAUCGCGUUUGAGAGGAGAUUCAAUGUAAUGCGAUAUAUUUUACUCGCCAGUCUUGCAGCGUCCGAUAUUCUCUGUUUGAUUCUUACAAACUCGUUCCGCAUCGCCAGCAUAGCAGAAGAAAAAUGGCGCUACGGACAAACGAUGUGUUACCUUAAUCCGUUUUUUGUACGAUAUUUCUACUUCAACACCGUUCUGCACCUGAUAGCUGUUUCUUACGAAAGAUACAAAGCUAUAGUGAGAUCCCCUUUGACCCACGAUGGCACGAUGACAAAAUGCAAAUCAGUGUUUAUCGCCCUCAUCUGGAUAGUUCCGAUUCUAGUUUCCAUCGGUCCGUUCCUUGGUUUUGGCAAUUACGUAUACAACCCCGAAGUGUUCUUCUGCGAGCAAGGAUGGUCAGUUCAUGAUGAUUCCAUAGCAAGAAACAUUGCGUUGUAUGUGAUUGGCAUGUUUCUUGUGCCUUUUCUGGUAAUAGUUUUCCUAAACUGGCGAGUCUUAAAAACGGCAAACAUUCUUAAAAGAAACGCUGCCGCGCCGAUCCUCAACGAACGCACCGUUGGAGCGGAGAUCCAUCGCAAAGAAACGCUGAGGCGCAUGAACGAACGGAAAGCAGCCGUCGAUGUCAGCAUUAUCAUUGCGGCGUUUCUGUUGUGCUUUUUACCCGGUUGGAUUGUAGGACUUUGCCGUCAGUUCGUAAAAAAUGUCAAGAUUCCAGCAGAAGUUACUCUAUCCACAACUUGUAUCUUCUUCGUCAGCUCAGUAUGCAAUCCUAUAAUAUACUCCAUCCGGAAGCGAGAGUUUCGAACCAGAGUAAAGAAUUUGUUUAGGCGGGUUGGGGUCGCGCCUCAUGUUAGCCCUAACGAAAUCAGUUGCCAGGUUGAAAGCGCAAGUCUUCCACUUCGUCGACAAUCGAACGCUUUCUUCUUGAAAACAAGAAGAGGACCACUCCCAAGUUUCUCAGGUUGCCAACAGGGCUCCGAUCAAUUUCUUCCAAUCGAGGCUGGUGUAAUGUCACAGAGACCUUGCCUCAGUCCCAUUCCAGAGAUGGAUACUGCUAGCGAACUUCACUUCAGUGAGAUUCCGAUAGACUAUCAGUUAAGAAAUUGUGAAUCAGAAGUUCUGCCAAGUCAAAUUCACAGUUUACACUUUGGAAGAGUGGGCUUUACAAAGGAGAUUACCCUAACCUUUCUGUAA